UUAACAUGUAUGAGUGUAAAUUUUCCUUGAAAUCCUAAUUUGUUAAAGUAUCUCUUCGAAAGUUGUAUAAAUAAUUAGGAAACCUUUAGUUCCUCCAACUUUCAAGCUCCUUCGUUCAUCCAUAAGAGUAUCUCUUAGUUGGAAAAUUCACAGCAUCUCAUUUUCAUGUUGUUUUUUUUUCGCAAGAAUCGCAAAUUAGUCUGGGCCCCGCAGAUCGCUGAUCACCUGAGCAAACUCAAACUCGACUGCGAACUCAAAGGCGAACUCGACGCCUACGACAAAUGACAGCGCUCACGGUGCCGCCAACAUCUCCGGCAGUUUGGCUCUCGGCCUCCGCUGGAUUCUUUGUGUGUCAGUCGGUUUUCGGAUCAGUCGUCGUUCGGUCGCGUUGACCAGCACCAAAUCAUGCUGAACGGCAAGUUCUAUACGGGUCUGCCGCCCAAAAUGGUGGAGCGUCAGGCUGUGAAGGUGUGCAAUCGUCAGGAGUCGCACUUCUUCUGGCCGGAUGAUUCCCGAGCGGAUUCGGCGGUGGAGAAUCGUGUGAAGAGGAGGAACAGCCAGCAGUUGGCUGUGGAGAGGCCCUUGGAGCGACUCUCCUCUGUGCAAAGUACCUCUCCCACCGAAGUGGAUACGCGACGGAUGUUCCAUAAGGAGUUUGCCAGCUCCUCCAUUCAGUUCUAUGACAAUCUGCAGUCAAAUCCCGCUCCUGGACUUCGAAGGGGUAUGCGUCGGGAGUUGACUCCAAAGCUCACCGAAGUGAAGCCGCAGGAGGAACGAACGGAGGACAAAUCAAUGGUGGAUGCCACUGCCAGUCGCCGCCAGGAGGCCUACAGCUCCAAGAUUCAGUUCUACGACUAUGUGAACGAGGCCGAUAAUGCCACUCAGAAUAAUGUACGGAGACCUCAGAUGGACUUGAACGACAAACGUGAGGUGGAACUCAAUUCCAAGAACAGUCCCAAGCUGCAGGUCAAACGGAAUGUGCGCAGUUUCAGUGUGGAACUGGAACCGAAGGUGACCAAGAAGCCCCUCAACGAUAGUCCCGAGUGGCGACCCAGACCACGACCACUGCCCAUGCCCAAGAAGAUACUGAAGCAAUCAUCAAUGCAGGAUCAGGACCCUGUGGAAUUUCUGGACAAUCGUGUGCGGCGAUUGCAGUUGACACGAAGUCCUGGUCUGCCCAAGAAGCAUGUGACCUACAACGAGGAGGCAGCGGAGUAUGCCUACUAUGAGGAUCCGCAGAUAGAUCUGAUUCCGGAACCCCUCUACGAGAGUCGCCCUCGUCAGCAGCCAAAUAUGCCCACCGGAAGUCGCCAUCAGCAGCCAGAUCAACAAUUCCAGCAGCUAAAUCAGCGUCAGCAGCAGCAUUCGCGUUCAUUUAUGGAAACUAGUCGGGCCAAGCCAUUAAAUAACAAUAAUAACUACCACCAGGCCAGCGGUAGGAAAAUCUUGCCAAAAUUAAUAGAGAGCCCGGCGGCAGCAACACACAUGCUGGAUGAGGUACCCGCCGCUCCUCCCACCACCGAUCCCCGCAAGCACCUGCGCAGCAGCCUCUGCUUCAGCGGCGACGCUCUCAUGGUGGGCGGUACGCCGGCAGCACAGUCAGCGCAGCGCAGCUCCGCCGGGCAGCGGAUCAGCGUGGGUCUCCCAGAUUGAGUCUCCAUCCAUUCUGCCUUUGAAUUGCGUGUUUAAUCAGCUGCAACUGCACAGGGAGAAAUAUGAAAGAAAAUAGUAGGAGAUUGCACAGUUUUGUACAAGUAUAGGAAAAUAGGUCAAGCCUCGCUGAAUAAAAGCCAUGGCCUUCUGAAUUCUAUAAAAAAAGUCUUGAAAAUCUAAAUAUUACAUUUUAUUUAUUAAAUUUAUUCUAAUCAAGUUUAUUAGAAUCAACUUUCAACUCAAUCAAAAUGAUAUUAAGACCUUAGCCAAGGCCAAGGCAACAAAAAUCUUGCAAGCAAAUAUGCUUAAAAUAAUAUUAUAGCUUAUUGUAAAUUCAGUUAUUCCAUGUACAAAUUACAAACAAAUAUCAAGAAAACGCUUGAUAAAUAAUACACUCUUUGAUUCCGAAAAGUAGUAGGAUUUAAUUCUUUAAAAUACAUCCUAAAAAUAUAAAAUCAUAGCAUAA